AUGCCGCGCGGGUGCACGGACGUCGUACUUAUAACAGCAGGCUUCCGCGCGAUCGUUGCGGAAGUGCAUGGUGUAUCGACCUCAACAGAGCGCUCAUCCGUCGGCUUCCGGUCCGGCCACUGCCUCCCAGAACGCGUUCCCGGCGCUGGGCCCCGAUUUCCGGGACGCCGGCCACACGCCGCGCACGUUCCCCGAGGCCGGAACACCGGCCACGAUCCGUCGGCCGACCGGGUCUCAAAGCGAUCUCGUUCGUCAGCGCCAUCUACCGCCCGUAUUUGGCGAACUCCGGACGUCUACCCGUCUCCGCCAAAUCGUUGCGAACGGUCUAUUCGACAAGAUUCAAAUUAUUAUUGA